AUGUAUUUUAAUUUUUUACAAUUCCAUUUAUUUACGUAUUGUCAACUUUUUUUCACUCUUCACUGUCAAUUGAUACCGAAUCAGAUAGCGCCAAUUGAAGGCAUCAGAGGCCUUGCAGACACGCGUUUGGUUCCACCUGGUUGUCAUUUGCAUUCGCUCUACCGGCCGGCUGUCGGCUUGCCAACGGCGUUGAUGGGGGCUCCAUUUGAGUGCAUCCGAGGCGGAGCACCCUCCUGGUCACGGUCAAAUGCAUUGGUUGGUACAGCAGGCAUUAUAGCCACGAUGAGAACCAAAUGUCUGCCGGUUUGA